AUGGCCGUCCUCACAUUCGGCACUCUCUCCAUGACCUUCGGUAACCGAAUUUUGGGUGCCUGGAACAAUCUCGCCCGUACGCCUUCCAAAUCCCCUUCACUACGAUGGUCUAUACUCAGUGUUUUCGUCGCCAGCGUCGUCCUCCUCUCGACAUCCGAUAAAACUGACCCCGAAUUCGUCUUUGCGACAUUCGCGAACGAAACAGGCUGGAACGACGGGAUAGCGUGGAUCUUGGGUCUUUUGCAGUCAGCGCUGUCACUUAUUGGAUAUGAUGCUGUGCUGCAUAUGACGGAGGAGAUGCCGACGCCGUCGAGGGAUGCUCCCCUGGCGAUGGUAUACGCUGUUGGUGUCGGAGGAACAACCGGAACAAUCUUCAUCCUCGUGAUGCUGUUCUGCCUAACCGACCUCUCCGGAAUCGUCGCGACAUCGACCGGCAUGCCCAUCGUCGAACUGAUCCUCCAAGCAACAGGCAGUCGCGCCGGCACGACAUUCCUCACGCUCAUGUUAGCAAUCUGCUUCAUCCACGGAACCAACGGCUCGAUCACCAGCGCCUCCCGACUCCUAUACGCUAUGGCUCGUGAUAAAGGUACGCUAUAUCACGAGUACUUUAGCCACAUCCACCCCAGAUGGGAAGUACCCAUCAGAACUAUUGUUCUUACCUGGGUGUUCAACGCGAUCUUUGGAUUGUUGUAUCUCGGACCGACUGUUGCGUUCAAUGCGUUCAUUUCGAGCUGUACGAUCUUGUUGAACAUGUCGUAUGCUAUUCCGGUUGCGACGCUGAUCAUUCGAGGCCGGGAUACCUUGACGAGGUUUCAGAGUGCGGAUACACCCUGGAGGUUUGGAAAGGUUCGGGGUUUGAUCAUCAAUUACGUUGCUGUUCUUUACGUCUUCAUCACAUCAAUCUUCUUCUGCUUCCCGCCUGUUCUGCCAGUCGACGCCAGCUUGAUGAGUAUGUCACCCUCCCCUCCCACUGCUGAGUAUACGCUGAGAACAGACUCAGAUUACGUCUCGGCUGUCAUUGGCAUCUUUGCCAUUUUCCUAACAGGAUACUGGGUCUUUUACGGAAAGAAGACAUUCCAAGGCCCGGAUCUCGAUGUGAUUCUCGGAGAAAGACCGGACCUUGCCGAAGCCACGGAUGAGUUGGCGACGGAAGAGAAGAAGGUUGAGAGUCCAACAGAGUGA